AUGGCGAGCCCAUUGCAAGCAAAGCUUCUGCAGGACAAGAAGGGGCGAUCUUUGUUCUGGUCUGACCUGCAACAUGCGGAGAAUGGGAGGAGGCCAACCACUGCUGCAUCUGCUCCUCGUCCCUCCUCGUCCUUCUACCCGUUGAUCGACAAGGUCGAGGCGGCCGAAGCAAGGCCAAACACGGCGAACCCGGAGUUGAAGUCGAGAGCACACACGCAUGUACAAGAGCACGCGGAGGGUCCUUCUUGGGACGAGCAUGACGAGAGGGUCAAUGUCGGCGUUGGCUGUGCAGUCUUCUGGGAUCUUGAAAGUUUCCCCAUCCCCUCGAAGCAGAGGAAUCUCGACUUUGCUGAUGCGCUAGCAGACGUCGUGAGCAAGAAGCGGUUCGGGUCAACCGUUGAAGUCAGUCAAAUCUCCGUCUACAUCGACGAGCAGAAGUCCAGCGGGGCUCCAGCAAGGCUGUUGAGCUCGAGGGUCAAGACGAAUUUGGUCAAAAGUUCUGACAUGCUGGACAAGGUUCCCUCCGCUGGAGGAGCGACGAGGGACGGAGGGGGCAGGCUAAGGGCGCGACCCUCCUUUGCUCCCGUGAAAAAGUUUCCUGAGAGGAUGACCCUCGACGACAGGGGGGCGGGCGACCGAAGAAUGCGGAUGGUACGGGACAUGCUGUUGUGGAUGUAUGAUACCAAAGAUCAGCUUGAAAGAGCAACGGCUGUGGUGUUCACGACCGAUGUCGGCGUCAUCCGUUGCAUAGCAGACAUGAGAUCUCGCGGCGCUUGUGUGGGGCUGGUCAUCCACGACAACCCGCCGGAAGAGAGGCACUUCGACUUCACCAUCUCCUUCAAGUAUCUUCUCAACGCAGCUGAAUCGACCAAGACCUCUACCCCUUGUGGAACUCCGAGAGCAAGUGACAAGGUCAGGCAGGACGCUUCCUUGGGUGAAGGUGAGGGCGUCAACAGCCCAGCAGGCACGAUCGAUUCGUUCCCGAGAGUCAGCAGGAGGGGCUCGGAGGAGGAGGCACAGAGCGAGAGGGAGCAGAACCUUGCGAGCAGACCCGACGAAAGCAUGCUGUCCUGCUCCUCUAGCCCUUCGAGUCCAGCUGAGAGGAGGGAGAAGCGGGAAGGAAUAAAGUCCAGCAUGAACGCUGUGCUCGGACAGAAUCUGGGAGAUGCCGCUAUCAUUCUCUGUUCCUGGUCCAAGUCGAGCAGCUUCAGUGUCGGGGAGCCUGUCUGUGUGAAACGAAGCGAUGGGAGGUACACUCUCGGCCUAACGCUCGGCUUCGGGUCAGAGGAGCACUACAGCUCGGUACAUGGCACGAGCCUGCAGCAGGGAGAAGUUGAGGUCCUGGUGGACUAUGAUGGAGGGGGGCACAAGAUCACCAGAAUCAACAAGAUCGAGAGGGUCGGGAAGUUUCCGAUGAAAGCCAUGGCAAAGUUUAAGCUAGACGCCAACAUCGACGACCUGAAGCGCUUCUAA